GCAGGCGCGGGACGGGGGCCUCGCCCCUGCCGACGUCGCAGACUGGAGCUCACCUGGGAGACUCCAAGAGGAAGCGGAGCCUCGGUUCGGCCUCUCCUGGCAACGCGGGAGGCCCUGCGGGAAGGCAGGAGGAGGCAGAGGAGGAGCUCAACUGAGAGCAACUGUAGCGACAGCAACCCGAGCCGCCGCCGCCGCCACCUGCACCUGGCGCCCGGCCCACGUCCAGCGCCCGCUCGGCCGCCGCUUCCUGAGUUCUGCCCUGCCCACCUGUCAGGUAUUACCAUUUAAAGAAACCUUCUUACCAACAAAUCUAUGAUAAAAAAUAUAAGUAACAGUGGAAACUAUAACUGUUAUUUCUCAAGUGACAAGCUUUUGAUGUCGGAAUGGCUCACCUAAGGCGACUGGUGAAAUUGAAUCUUAAAAGACAUUACCAUAAAAAGUUCUGGAAGCUUGGUGCAGUAAUUUUUUUCUUUAUAAUAUUUUUGAUUUUAAUGCAAAGAGAAGUAAGUGUUCAAUAUUCCCAAGAGGAAUCAAAGAUGGAAAGAAGCAUGAAAAACAAAAACAAGAUGUUUGAUUUAAUGCUAGAAGCUGUAAACAAUAUUAAAGAUGUAAUGCCAAAAAUGCAGAUAGGAGCACCUGUCAGGCAAAACAUUGAUACUGGUGAGAGACCCUGUUUGCAAGGGUAUUAUACAGCAGCAGAAUUAAAACCUGUUCUUGACCGCCCACCUCAGGAUUCUAAUGCACCUGGUGCUUCUGGUAGAGCAUUCCAGACAACCAAUUUAAGUGCUGAAGAGCAGAAGGAAAAACAACGUGGGGAAGCAAAGCACUGUUUUAAUGCUUUUGCAAGUGACAGGAUUUCUUUACACCGAGAUCUUGGACCAGACACUCGACCUCCUGAAUGUAUUGAACAAAAAUUUAAGCGCUGCCCUCCCCUGCCUACUACCAGUGUCAUAAUAGUUUUUCAUAAUGAGGCAUGGUCCACCCUGCUUAGGACUGUCCACAGUGUACUCUAUUCUUCACCUGCCAUUCUGCUGAAGGAAAUCAUUUUGGUGGAUGAUGCUAGUGUAGAUGAAUACUUACAUGGUAAACUUGAAGAAUAUAUCAAACAAUUUUCAAUAGUAAAAAUAGUGAGACAGAAAGAAAGAAAAGGUCUGAUCACAGCAAGGUUGCUAGGAGCAACAGUAGCAACAGCUGAAACGCUCACAUUUUUAGAUGCUCAUUGUGAGUGUUUCUAUGGUUGGUUGGAACCUUUGCUGGCCAGAAUAGCUGAGAACUACACAGCUGUUGUGAGUCCAGAUAUUGCAUCAAUCGAUCUUAAUACUUUUGAAUUCAACAAACCUUCUCCUUAUGGAAGUAACCAUAACCGUGGAAAUUUCGACUGGAGCCUUUCCUUUGGCUGGGAAUCACUUCCCGAUCAUGAAAAGCAAAGAAGGAAAGAUGAAACCUACCCAAUUAAAACACCCACUUUCGCAGGAGGACUUUUUUCCAUAUCAAAAGAAUAUUUUGAAUAUAUUGGAACAUAUGAUGAAGAAAUGGAAAUCUGGGGAGGUGAAAAUAUAGAAAUGUCUUUCAGAGUAUGGCAAUGUGGUGGGCAGUUGGAGAUUAUGCCUUGCUCUGUUGUUGGACAUGUUUUUCGCAGCAAAAGCCCUCAUACCUUUCCAAAAGGCACUCAGGUGAUUGCCCGCAAUCAAGUUCGCCUUGCAGAGGUCUGGAUGGAUGAAUACAAGGAAAUAUUUUAUAGGAGAAACACAGAUGCAGCAAAAAUUGUUAAACAAAAGUCCUAUGGUGAUCUUUCAAAAAGAUUUGAAAUAAAGCACCGCCUUCAAUGUAAAAAUUUUACAUGGUAUCUGAACACUAUUUAUCCAGAAGUAUAUGUGCCAGACCUUAAUCCUGUUAUAUCUGGAUAUAUUAAAAGCUUUGGUCAGCAUCUGUGUCUGGAUGUUGGAGAAAAUAAUCAAGGAGGCAAACCAUUAAUUAUGUAUACGUGUCAUGGACUUGGGGGAAACCAGUACUUUGAAUACUCUGCACAGCAUGAAAUUCGACAUAACAUCCAGAAGGAAUUAUGCCUUCAUGCUGCUCAAGGUCCUGUUCAGCUGAGAACAUGUACUUAUAAAGGUCACAAGACAGUUGCUGCUGGUGAACAGAUAUGGGAGAUUCAAAAGGAUCAACUUCUAUAUAAUUCAUUCUUAAAAAUGUGCCUUUCAGCAAAUGGAGAGCAUCCAAGCUUAGUGUCAUGUAAUCCAUCAGAUCCACUCCAAAAAUGGAUUUUUAGCCAAAAUGAUUAAGUGUUCCUUAAAAUUAAGGAGUUAAAAAAGGAGGUAUUUUUUCUCAUAAAACUGUGACUAGGCAUACACUGUAGUUUUUGAAGAUCAUGCAAAAGCAGCUAAUUAUAACUUAUUCCAAGUGCAUUUUUCUUAUUUAUAUCUUAAAUUGUCUACAUAGCACUGCUACAGAAACACUUUAAGUUUCUGUUUCAAAGCACAAUAAUUAGUAAUACCAAAGACUAUUUUGAAAUGUCCAGGUGUAGGAAAACAGAUGUUUACAGCAUGAAGAAAAUUAUUUGCGGAGUAAAGUGAUGUUUUUGUGUUCUGUAUGUUUAAGAAUAUACAUAGUUACAUUCAAAUACAAUUUAAAAUAUUUCCUCUAGUUUUUUGGGAGAGGGAGAAAGAUUUGAUACUGUAUUUUCUUAAUUACACAGAAAUAGAUCAGUUAAGGUCAAACAUUGACCUUUGUGCACAAUCUGGGAAAUUUUUAUAGAUCUGGAAUUUAUUAUUUAAAAAUUUAGGUAAACUGCUUUGCCUUUUGUUUGUCUAUUAAGUGUUUCCUUAAACAUGAAAUUAACUGAAUAAGAAGAGGAAUAUUUUUAAACUCUUCAAUUUCUUGGAAAUUUUGGGAUAUUUUUUACUCUGAAGCCAACUCCACUUGAAGCACUUAAGUCUUCCUUAAAUAGCUUUUCUUAAAUGACUAUAAUGUGUUUUACAAAAGCAUUUUUUAAAAAAAAAAAAAAGCUUUAUAAAUUACUAUCUGUUGAAAACAUGUUUUUUUUCUUUCCUUCUGUCUUUUUUUCUUUAUCAUAAUUCACUAAUCUUGAAUGAUUGUGAAAUUAUAUUUCAAAUAUAGAACACUUGACUCAUUUAAAUCUGAGUUUUAUGUUAUUGAUUCUAUUUUAGAUUGGUCUUGGUAAUGCUUUUUUUUUCCAUCCAGAAAGCCUUAUUUUUAAAUAUCUGGAAAUAUAAUUUUAAAAGUUCUAAAUGCUAUU